UACUGAGGUAGCCGUGUUGUUGCUCGCUGUUAGCUUUGCCAAACGAGUAACUUGAACAACUGCCAUGGGUCCAGGAAAUGUGAUAGUUCCGCUUAGCAAGCCUAAAACAGCCCAUAGGAGCUCGGUUUGCUGCAUCAUUCCCUUUGGUUCGCAUUAAUGUUAACAUAUUAAGUAGUUAGCUCGACAGCCCAGCCUUUAGUGAAGACAUGAAAUUACUCUUUCUUGCCUGUCUCAGUCCCAAAACUGGGAACCACACUACAGCUGAGAGAAUAAGGUCCCACAUUGAAUCAGCAGGACACACUUGUGAGCUCAGAGAUGCAGCAGAAUUUCAGUCACCUGCUGAGGUGGCUAACCUUGUAUCUCAAAAUCCUCCAUUUGAGGGUGCACUGGCCAUUCAUCUGUUCAGAGCAGGCAGACUUCUCUUGGACAUCCAAGUGCCCUUUGGUGUCAUCUUUGGCGGGACAGACAUAAAUGAAGAUGUGAAAGUUCAACAGAAACUUGUGGUUAUGGAACAGGUGCUACUGAAAGCCAGAGGUCUGAUGCAGACAUCACCAUCCUGGAGUGUGAGCAGGAAGUUUGCCGUUGCAUUUACUGACAAACUGAAAGAAGAGGCAGAGUUAUUUUUGCUGUCCCAGAGCAGUAAAAUCUAUGUCCAACCCCAAGGCAUCCAGACAGAGGUGACUGAGAAAUUCUGCUGGGCUGAAUUCUUGAGGAGCUCAGGUGUAAGCAGCCAGCAUGUGGAUGAGCUGCGCGUCUUCCUGUUGGUCUGUGGCCUCAGAAGAGUCAAGGACCCCCUCUAUCUGGUGGAGGUAUUUUCAGAGUGGCAUUGUGAGAAUCCGCUGAAUGUGUUGGUCAUUAUCGGGCCAAAGAUUGAUCCUGUGUUUACUGAGGAGUUCGAGGCUGUUGUUAAAAGAACAGCAGGGGUCUUCUUGGCCCAGGAGAGGAGCCAACAGGAGCUUCAUGCUGCCAUGAAAAGGUGCUUCGCUGUGGUCAACAGCUCUGUCUCUGAGGGCAUGUCAGCAGCCAUCUUAGAGGCCAUGGAUCUCGGGGUACCUGUGUUGGCCAGGGACAUUCCGGGAAACGCAGCCGUGGUGCAGCAUGAGUUCACUGGCCUGCUGUACUCUUCUCCUCAGGAAUUUGUGCAUCAAUCUCAGAGGCUGUUGUCAGAUCAUGAGCUGAGAGAGAGAGUGGUGAGGAAUGGGAAACGCUACGUGGAACAGCAUCACAGUCUGAAACAGGAGAGAGAAACCUACCAGCGGCUGGUGGACACUCUUCACUGAGCAUAAGGUCACAACAUUCAACUCCUCUCUCUAUACUUUCUCAGGAACUUCAGCGACAGAGAACAGGGAAGUACACUGGUGUAUUAGUGAGCAUAGGUGUAAUUAUCACAGGUGUCUUUAUCACAAUUUUUUAAGAAAUCAGCCUACAAAGAUGUCUAUAUUUAAAAAAUGCUGUUUUAUCUACACUUUAAGAUUAAAAUUAUGCUUCAGUCACUUUGAACCAAAGAUAUAUUGCAGAAAAGGUUAUUUUAUGUACUGUAUUUGAAAUUGACGAUGUACUGUUAUUUAUGAUCUACUGUAAAAAUUAAGAAAGGCAUGAGUUUUAUGUUUAUUAAUGCCACAUAAUAAAAGAGAGAAACGACUCCACUGGUUGAUGAUCUGAGAAUAUGUGAUGGUUGGGAAAUUGUCAUCCAGUCUACCGCAACAAAAAUAGCUGUUUGUAAUACAAGAU